AUGUCGCGCUUCCUGCCGUCUCUGGAAGGGUUUGUGAAGGGAACGGCGGCGACGGCGGCUACGUUAUCCACUGUUGGUGCUGGACUGUUGUGGUACGGCCAGAACUACCUCAUAUACCCCUCGGCAUUUCCCCCAGGAUCAAGAACAGAGGUCGCAAACCCAGGCCAAUUUGGCAUGCCCUACGAAGAUCUCGAGUUGAAGACACCAGACGGCGUGAUACUCAGGUGCUACCUCCUGCCCCAGCGAAAAGACCUCUCGAGUCACCCAGAAGCUACUUAUCUCGAUGAAGACUUUGCCUCGGACGAAGAAAUCAUCGCGAGCCGGCCGACUGUUAUCAUGUUCCACGGGAAUGGCGGGAACCACGGACACCGAAUACCACUCGCCAAGGUGUUCUACAUGAGGAUGCGGUGUAAUGUGUUCAUGAUGUCCUACAGAGGGUACGGACUGUCAGAAGGAUCCCCGUCUGAAAAGGGGCUCCAAAUUGAUGCCCAGACAGCCCUCGACUACCUCACUGGCGACCCUGUCUUCUCGAAGACACCGAUCAUUCUGUAUGGUCAGUCAAUAGGAGGGGCUGUUUCUAUAGACCUUGCAAGUCGGAACCCGAGCAAGAUUGCAGCUCUCAUCCUCGAAAAUACCUUCACCUCCCUGCCCAACCUAAUCCCACACGCCCUCCCCGCUCUCUCCUCCGUCUCCUUCCUCUGCCACCAGAAAUGGGACUCGAUAAACAAGAUACCCCUUAUACCCGCUACGACGCCUAUACUGAUGUUGAGCGGGAUGUUAGAUGAAAUUGUGCCGAAGGAGCAUAUGCGGGCGCUUUGGGAGGCGGUUGCUAAGCGUGGGGAGAAGAAGGGGAAGAAUGGUGGGAAUGGAGGUAGCGGUAGUGGGAGUGAGAGCGAGCAGCCUGGCCUGGAGAGGGCGAAGUAUAUGGAGUUUGAUCUUGGUGGUCAUAGUGCGUACUCUCUUCCCGUUCAUUCGUUGGAGUUGUGGCAUUUACUGAACUCUUAA